CCCCGCUCGGCCGCUCGGCCGCCGACUGCUCAGGCCUGGCCGCCAGCCCCGGGGCCGAUGGCCGAGCGGGUCGCUCCCGCGUCUCCGCGCCUCGCCUGCCUCGCGCUCCCUGUCGCGACGCUCGUUCCCGAGCUUGACGGCUCCCGCGUGCGGUCCGGUUCCGCGGCGGCCCGGCCCGAUGGCACCUCAGCGGAGAGGCGCGUCCAAGGCUCCCGAGGGCAGCGGUGCGGCCGAGCGCCGGCUGCCGAGCAGCAUGAAGAAGGACCGGGCGCUGCGGGAGGGGCAGAGGACAUGGCUGAGGAAUGCAGGCCUGGGGGCUGGCUUUGUGCUUGCCGCGCUCCUGCUCUGGAGCAGUUUGGGGGCCGAAGAUGAUAUUGCUGAGGUCCUGGCCCACCAUGGUGAGGUCCUGGCAGGCAGAUUCAUCGAGGUGCCCUGCUCCGAGGACUAUGACAGCCACCGAAGGUUUGAAGGCUGCACCCCUCGGAAGUGUGGGAGGGGCAUCACUGACGGUGUCAUCACCAGGGAGGAAGCACAGCGGAUUCGCAGCAUAGCCGAGAAGGGGCUCUCCCUGGGAGGAUCCGACGGAGGGGCAUCUAUUCUGGACUUGCACUCAGGGGCCCUGUCCGUCGGGAAGCACUUCGUGAACCUGUAUAGAUACUUUGGGGAUAGAAUACACAACGUCUUCUCGGACGAGGACUUCCAGCUAUACCGGGAUGUGCGGCGGAAGGUCCAGCUCACAAUCGCUGACGCUUUUGGCAUCAGCUCGUCCUUGCUGCACCUGACGAAGCCCACAUUCUUCUCCCGCAUAAACAGCACAGAAGCGCGGACGGCUCACGACGAGUACUGGCACGCACACGUGGACAAGGUGACCUACGGCUCCUUCGACUAUACCUCGCUGCUGUACCUGUCCGACUACCUGGAGGACUUUGGCGGAGGGCGGUUUGUGUUCAUGGAUGAAGGGGCCAACCGGACGGUGGAGCCGAGGGCCGGUCGGGUCUCUUUCUUCACCUCGGGGUCCGAGAACCUGCACCGGGUGGAGAAGGUCCACUGGGGCACCCGCUACGCCAUCACCAUCGCCUUCACCUGCAACCCCGACCACGGCAUUGCAGACCCAGCGUUCACAUAGCUGAGCUGGCGCCGAGGACGACGUCUGCAGGGCCUGUCCACGGCACCUCCGGUACCAUGCGACACGCGCCCCGCGUGCCUCCCAUCUCCUCCAUGUCCACUGCACAGAGUGCCUUAGGAAUCGCCCCGAACUGGGAUUUGCUGGUGUUCGAUCUUUCCGUCCCUGAGUGAAUUAUGAGCCAGCUUUCCGCUUCGUCAGCAUCGUGUCUUUGACCUGGGGGACCGAGGCUGGCCGUGAGCCCCAACACAGCCCCUCCUCAGGAAAGGGGUUCACCCGGGCCUUGUCUUAAUGCAGAAGCCGCCCUGGCCUGUCGAGGACCAACUUUUAAAUGGGGACAGUGCACGUGUGGGGCCCAUUGCUUCCUCUCGGGGCUGCAGAAUCGGCCAAGUGUAGCCGCUCUGGAGAAGGUUCCAGUGAGCGGGGCUCUGGGAGCCACCGUGGGCUUCCCUCUGGGGUGGGAGCGGUGGUUCUGCUGCUGUCGAGGUGGAGACAGACAUCUGCUGUCCCAGUGGCCGAGUCUGUGCCCCCAGCCUGCCGGUCCCUGAGAAUCUGUCACCCUAGGCAUGACAGUCACAAUGCUGGGCCCUGCCCCAUCACCGGCCAGUGUCCCUGAUGGUCGGGGUCCAAGUGCACCCCGUCGAGGAGCUUCUCAGUGUCUGUCCUCAGCUCCUGUGGGCCUUCUGCCCAGCCAAGCCUCUGUCUGGUCGUCCCCUUCCUCGUCCUGCUGCUCUCCCUGCCUUUCACAUUUAAGUUUUGGAGCAGCCAUAAACAGACCAGGGGGUGGCCUGAGGGGAGCGGCACAGCCAUCAGCCCGGCCUCUGCCAGGCUUGCAUGUGGUCUUACUGCUGCCCUGUGCAGCAACUGUCCUGGGGUUCGAGCCCCGUUCCUGGGAGAAAGACUGACCACCCACCGUGAGUGCAGUCGGAGUCCUGGGAGUGGCUCUGGGAUCUGGGUUCUCCCAGCCACCAUGACCAGGCUGCCUGGGAGGAGCUGCAGGCACACCCCCUGUCUGCCUGCCUGGACACAUGCCCCCAAUGCAGCACCCCCAACGCUGGAGGAGGUGCCACUCUUGGGAACCUGCAGCCCCUGAGUCUUUCAGCCCAGGGGCUGCUCUGGGGGUUUAUAAAGAAACGGGACUGCUCCUGGACCCCUGGGUGUGAGCGCGUGUGAGGCCAGCUGAGGCACCAUGAGGUGGGAAGCCGAGGACCCUGGUCCACGCCUCAGGCAGGGCCCUGCACUCAUGCCGGGGGCUGUGCUUCCAGGUGCGGGAAGGGUGUGGAAGGCGCUCCCAGCACCUGCCUGCGGCCAGCAGGUUCCACACUGGACAGGAGGGCGCUCUGGUGUGCACAGGGCAGCAGGAGCCCUUCCCAGUCAGGGCUGGGGCUCGGGCAGGUGGGGGCAGUCAGCCAAGGCCGCACGUCGCCCCCACCUCGCCCUCCUGAGCAGGACACUGGGGCGGGAGUCACGGUUUGGGAGGACUUGGGCAGAUCUGGGAAGGAUGGGGCCGAGCUCUGGCCAGAGGGCGGGGCUGUCCUUCCAGGCCGGCUGCUUCACGCGCUCUCUAGGUUAGGCCCGCGGUGCCCAGUCCCAGUAGGAAAGCUGCCCCCACCCCCAUCUGAGUUGUCCCUGGGCUUUUUCCAGUCUUGACUUUCCAAAGCUCCUGUUGCUGUGGUCACAGUUGGGAUGGGCAGAGAAAGCUGCGUGGGAGCCCAAUCUUGUUCUGUCUCCACAACCAGCUUUGAGCCAACCCUCGUGGUAUGUGCAGGUCACUGCUUGGUGCCACCUGCAGGGUCAUGGCCCUGGGGUCCAGAGCAUGCGGGUCUCUGUUGCCCUUGGAGCCUCUACCUUCUCACCCGGGGGGGAGGUCUGGCCACUCUUUGCCCUCCUCAGGGGAGGAGGAGUGGCAGUUAGGUGGGGACAGGCCACAGGGCAGGUCGAAGCCAAAGAGGAGGAAAAGGAGGAGGUUUCUGGACGAGCCACUUGGCCAGCGAUGGAGACAUGGAAUUUCUACCUCUUCGGCUGGGGCCAAAGCGGGGAUCAGGGUCUGGCUUGGGUGGGGGGAGUGUCACUGCAGGUGUCCUAGCAACUAAUGAGGGACAGUCCCAGGAGGGUGCCCGUGUCUUCCAGCGAUCAACUCCUGGGUGGGCCACAGUGAAGUGGCCCUUUAAACACGAUUCCAGCCCAUUUCAUACUGACCCACAGUAGCCCCCUUCUCAGGGCAGGACGUUGCAGAGAACCGGUCAUCUGGUUUCUUCCCCUGUAGGUGUUGGAACCGGAUUAAACGGCCUGUGUGUUCCAUGUCAGUGCUCGGGCAAUGCAUAGGGUCUCCCCACAAUCCUGUUCUUUUAAUCCUGAAGUUGCCUCGUUUUAACAUUUGCCCCUCAAGCAUGUCGCACGAAAAGCCAGGGGACAAGAGCCUAGACAGCCAUUGCUCCACGUGAGCAGUGCUGGCAUCACGCUCAGGGCUUUGCCUCCACAC